AUGAUAAAGGAGCUGCAGGCGGUGUCGUUUUUGAAGAGAAAACCUAACGUUGCUGAAGAACCUGACACGAAACAAUUUAAGAGCUCCACGGCUGGCACUUCAACUGCCAUUCAGUGCUUCAACUGUGGCAAGAUGGGACACAAGUCUAUGCGAUGCAAGUUGAAACGCAUUCCUAGUACAUCAAGGGAUGUGCGAAAUCCAGCAACCUCAUCCACCCAUACCGUGCCCAUGCUUCAACUGCAGAGAUGUUGGACACUAUGCGAAGAAUUGUCCAAAGCUGAGCAACGCGGCUUCGAGCGCCGGUCACACUGGCGCACCUGCUGUGAGGGUGGAUCUGUGCGAAGUUGCAGCACCCCUAGGAAGAAAAAACUUGACUCUAAGUACAAAGGGCCGUUCAAAGUAUCUGAAGUCAUAGAUGGUGAUCGCUAUCUUAUUAAAGCUCUAGACUCUAAACGGACGUUCAAGUACGCCCAUGAUCAUUUGCGAGGAAUGUCUGAAGUGCUCGAUGGAGGCACCGGUGUAAUGCUUGAUGGAGGCAUUCUUGUGGGGAUGCUCGAGGGAGGCGUGCCCCGAUGUGGUGGGUGGCUUGUGCUCGAUAGAGGUACAUUGCCAUGGCGUUUGGUGACGCCAGUGUGUGUUGAAAUUAAGCAAGGUGUUGAUUCUGUUGAUUUUGAUUGA